AUGAAAAAAGGAUCAAAGAAGGGCGCCGCACCAAAGACCGAAGAAAUUUUAAAGGCUGUGGUUCUGGCCGAUUCAUUCACGAAAGAAUUGAGACCCAUUACAUUGCAAGCACCAAGAUGUUUAUUACCAUUGAAUAACGUACCUAUUAUUGAAUAUGUGUUGGAAUUGUUAGCUGCUUCGGGUGUAAAAGAAAUAUAUGUCUUUUGCUGUCAUGGGGCUGAAAUGAUUAAACAAUAUUUAGCAAAUUCUAAAAAGUGGAAUACACCAAAUAGUGAUGUGAAAAUUAGCACAGUGGAAGGCACUGAAGCUGCAUCAGCAGGAGAUGCUCUCCGUAGAAUUCAUGAAUUGGAUGUGAUUAGAAAUGAUUUCAUUUUGAUUCAAGGUGAUGUGAUAAGCAAUUUGAAUUUAGCUCCGAUUGUAGAGGCUCACAAAAAAGAGAGAAAAGCAGACCCACAAGUAUUAACAACAUCCAUUUUCCGUAAAAUCACUCCUGAUGCCAUCAAUUUCUAUGAAGAGAGUGACACAGCUUGGAUUGCCAUUUCAGAAAAAAACAAACAAUUAUUGCAUUACGAAAAUGACAAGAAGGAAUCUUUAACCUUUGAAAUUGAAAUUCGCAAUUUUAAGGAAACAAAAGACGACAUCAAGGUGAUAUCAGAUGUCAUGGAUUGCAGAAUUGACAUUUGUUCACCUGAAGUUUUGGGAAUUUUCCAAGAUAACUUUGACUUUAAAGAUUUGAGAACUGACUUUUUGAAGAGCUACGUUUUAUCGGAAUCAGAGGUUGUGGCUUACAAAGUUAUUCCAUACAUUGAUCAUACAAAUUAUUCCGCAAGAGUUUGUAACCUUCGUUCGUACGAACUUGUCAGUAUGGAUCUCAUCAACAGAUGGAUGUACCCUGUUACACCCGACUCGAACUUUUCUGGAUCCACUUCUUUCAGAUAUUCUCGCCCAAAUAACUACUAUGAAUCAAACGUUUCACUUUCUAAAAGCUGCAUUAUUGGAGACAAUUGUCUCAUUGGAAGCGGAACCACCAUUGGAGAAAAUACCAAAAUUUGUAGCACCGUUAUUGGAAGAAAUGUGAAAAUUGGUAAUAAUGUUGUCAUUGAAGGAAGCUUCAUUUGGGACGAUGUUAUCAUUGAAGAUGGUGUGAAGAUAACAGCUUCGUUACUCUGCAACAAUUCUAAGGUUUGCAAUAACGCCGUUCUUGAAGUUGGCUCCGUUCUCUCAUUCAAUGUCGUGGUCGGUCCUGAUUUCACUGUUAAAGCACAUAAUCGAUUGACAACCAAGAUGGCUCUCAAGGACGAAUAUAAGGAUCAAGACGAAGAAGAAAUAUCGUUUGAAAAUGCCUUUGCUGCUGCAAGACAAAGAUCUAAUGAAUUUAUAGCCAUAACCGUUGACAGCGACAAGAAUUAUGUUGGUGAAGGUGGUGUUGGUACGAUUUAUGAAUUGCCUCCUUCAUUGGGAGAACUUUUAACAAACCGAAUAGGAGUCACACAGUCAGAAAUUGACAUGUUACAAAAAUCGCAAACUCUUCUCGAAAACACCUACAAAAAGCCAGUCUCUUCACAUGAUAUUAAGGAUGAAGCUGUAUUUAUUGACGAGGCUAGGGCAGGUAUGAAGAGAGCCAUCGCAGAGAACCACUCCAUUGAAAAUGCUAAACUUGAAAUGAACUCGUUAAAAUUUGCCUAUGAUAGCAGCUUUGAAGAUUGUGCUGCUGCCACCUUGACAGGAAUUAUUUUGUAUUGUGACAAGGAAGCAUCAACACCUACAGAAAUGAUUGGCCUUUUCCAAAAAGUACUCGAUGGAGGUGACGGAAAAACUUCAUGGAAAGAACUUUUAAUUGAAUUUUUGGAUAUUGGAACAAAGCCACAAGUCCAAUUAUUGACCGAGCUCUUGUACUUUGUUGCAAGUGAUGAAGGAUUGAAGUUUAAGGAUUUACUGAGAUACUUUGUUCAAAUUCUUUACAACAAAGAUGUUGUAUCUGAUGACUCUAUUAUUGAGUGGUAUGAAGAGUUUGAGGACGAUGAUGAAUUGAAGACUAUUCUUUCUUCGUGCAAGGAAUUGGUUAAAAGCAUCGAGGAAGGUGAAGAUGAAGAGGAAGACGAAGAAGAAGAAGACGAAGAGGAAGAAGAUGAGGAUGAGGAGGAAGAAGAAGAUGAUGAAUAA